AUGAUGCUGCGGACGAAUCUACCGGACCACAUGCGGAAACCCAUGGGUGAUGAGGUUGUCUCUGUGAUACAUGCGCCACCAAGCUUCGAGAAUUGGAAAUCCAAUGAUAAUUACUCCAGAUCAAGCCUCUCGAGAUCUAUCAGCGCUGCCAGCGCGGAAAGUAGCACUAUUAGUCCUCCGGCCAGCGAAGCCUCGGCGGCACAAUCCCCCCCGACUCACUCCCUCCCGAUGGUCAACACGAACGUGAAGCCGGUAGCAUUCGGCUUGGAUGCACCGACACCCCAGGCUCAAAAGUUGGAAGAUGUCUUCGCAAACGAGAGUUCCAGAUUGAGAUCUAGCACAGCGAGUAGCUUAGAACUCAUACCAGAAAGCCACGAAGGGGAUGAGCGAUACGAAGAUGCCGAUGAUUUCCUCACUGCCGAAACCACACCGAGCGAACAGACGGAGAUUCAGGCCCUUUCAGCAGCUCUAGAAGAGUGCUGGACACUUUGCAAUACUCUUGCGAACCUCAGUUCCAUACACCGUGAACGUGUAUUCAACAGCUCUGGUACCCCGGACGCUCAUGAGAAAGCGUGGAAGAGCUGUUGGAAACUCUGCAAAAGACUUUAUCAGAGCAGAAAUGAUUAUCCCGAGUCUCACAACAUUGCCCGGACUAACCUAGAUCUUUGCCGCGACUUUUGCCAGUCAUUGUUCGAUGUGCGACAAAAGCAAGACGAGGUGGCUGACUCAAUAUUAAGAGUAAGCUUUGAGUUAAAUAACCACGCUCAAGACACUCGAAGCCUUCCCGAGGCGUUUAGGGAGCGGACCUUGGACUUUUACAUCACAUUAUGUCACCGACUCAUGAAGCAACGAAACGAUUCCCCCGAAGAGACGGACCUGCUUCUUCGAGCUUGCUGGGCGCUGGCGGAGAUGUUGUUUAGCCUUCGGCAAAACCGUCGUGAUGGUAAAGCCCCUGAUGCAGAGCUUUUAGGAUCCGCAGUCCAGGCGUGCUGGGAAUUGUGCGAUAUCUUCCGGGAGGGUUGGACGCAAAUCCGACCUGAUCGAGGAACACCCCGACCGAGCCACAUCAACUUCUUCUCCCCUGGAAGCUAUGGGCUACAAAACCUCUCAUCCAACCACCAGUCCGAUUCCCGAUCUAAUGCCGGCAGCCGCGCCUCAAUCCGCUCGAAACGUGAAAGCCUCCGGAGCCUCGGCGACCUUACAGAUCGACCACGGCAAAAGGCAAUUAUACCCGAAACCCCAGUCACCGAGUUUGAAGACACACCAGUCUCGCCAGAUGCCAGCCCCCAGAUGCCUAACAUCAUGGUACUCGGGCCAUCGAACGACCGCAGCGACUCGCGUGGGGGGCGCUGGUCGAGCAGUGCCUCGAAUCUUUCGGGAUAUAGUCAGAGCAGUCAACACACGUCUAGCACCGCCACCACUGCUACUGCCACCAUUGACGACAUGAACAUCACCCGCAUCAAAGUUCUGAUAGUCAAAGCUGCCAUGAACAUCGGUUUCAGUCGGGAAACUGCGGCAGUGGACGGUAAAGGCGGCUCUGCGGCCUUGCAAACAUUUGUCAAAAGCUUGCCUAUGGGAUCUUUCGGCUCGUUACCGAUGCAUGCCACGUUAUUGCAAAACUACAAGAAUCUGGUGCUGACCGAUUCCGCAUUCCGAUCCUCCGCUAGUCUUCCGCCUCGAGGGAAGCGCAUCAGCGCCAUCGAAAUUGCGAAGAGCGUCAACUGGAUGACGAUGAGAUCUGGACAAUACGGGUUUUUGAAAGAUCUCUUUAGGCUUGUGUUUGGCUUCCAGAUUGAGGAUGCUGACAGCAGAAAGAAUGCUUCUGUUACGGUUUGA